CGAGAGCGAGAGCAGCUUAAGCACCUCGGCGGACGCAGCAAUGGCUCGCAAGCGCAGAAUUCGGCGAGAGAAGGAGAUCAUCCGGAAGCAGAGAUAUCACCGACGACUCAAGCAAGAACGAGAAACUUUGCGGCAAAUGGAGAAAACUAUGACGGCUCGAUUACUGAGAAUGAAGGGAACGAAACCACUAGCGCAGCAAACCUAUGAUAAUGCACAGCAAAGCAGGUUUAAUCACGUCAACUGGGCUCUGAAAGACUCCGCUGUACGCGAGCGGGAAGAGCGCCUUCGAGCAGUAAAGAGCAGCAACGUCUAGUUAAAGCUGUCUGUACACAAGCCGCUUACUUGGCGAGUCUGAAGAGCUUACUUCCGUCAGGCUUUGCAGCGAUUAUUGAAGGAAAUAACUAGCUCGGUAACUUUGAGCCUUCGUUACAUUUCAAUCUUGAAAUGUUCUUCUUAAAAUGAAAUAUACAACGGUUUUCUU